UCAUUUCAUUUGCUGUCACGCGUUCUUUUGUGCAAAGUGCGAUACAAUAAACAGCAAAACAGGCCAAAUAUUUAGUAAAAACGAGUGUAAUCAUCUUAUGCAUGAAUUUGUAUACUUGUUUGCUAUCUUAAGUUUGAUAGAAAAGUGUCAAGAUGAUGAGCGACGAUGAUCGCGACAUUGAUAUUGAAAGUGAUGCCGAGAACGACUCUGAUUCUAGACCACACGCCAGGAAUAGCUUGGGAGGAAGUGGAUAUUAUUCUCAGGCUGAAAAAAGAGCUCAUCAUAAUGCUUUGGAAAGGAAAAGGAGAGAUCACAUAAAAGAUAGUUUUACUUCAUUGCGAGACGCAGUACCAGCCCUACAAGGGGAAAAAGUUGUAUGUGCAAGUCGUGCUCAAAUCUUAAAAAAAGCAGCUGAAUACAUACAGUUCAUGAGGCGGAAAAAUAACGCUCACCAACAAGACAUUGAUGACCUACGAAGACAAAAUACCAUCCUUGAAACUCAGAUACGUGCAAUGGAAAAAGCAAGAGCAACUGGAAACUACAUGGAUGCCCAUGAACUAGGAUUGGGAAUCAAAUCAGAAGGCAGUUCACAUGAUACGGACAGUUCAGAUGGUGAAGGCACUACCCGCAGGGUCAAGAAACUCAAAAUAAACAGUGUCAAUGUGUAAUGUACGUAGAUUAAGUGACUAAUAGGAACAUUUCCUUUGCAUUGAAUACGUAAAUUUUUUAACAUCUGUACAGAGAAAAUGCAUUUGAACAGCAACUUAAGAAUUCAUAAUAUCUAAAUUGUCUUUAGUCUGGUUAGCGACUAUCCUGCUCACAAAUACUUGUUCUAUUCAUCCGAUUCCUAAAAUUCUUUCACUGAUAGAGAGCUACAAUAUCCCCAAGGAUAUAAAUUAUACCACACAAAAAAAACUAGUCACAGAAUGAAAACAAUAGUGAGCCAACUGGAAAAUUUCAAUUGACAUAGUCCUAUUGCAGUUUAACUGUACCGAAACUUUCAAACUGUCCAUGUGAAGUCUAAUUCGCAGUUCAAAUGCAGACUCUCUAUAUAGACACUUGGGUAGAGUUCACAACAAAAUAUGUAUUGUCAAUUACUGAAUGUGAGUUUUAUACAGUUUAAUGAUUUUAGAAGAAUUAUUGUACUUUUAGAAACCAUAGAGGCAACAUACCUACUAUGCAGAAUAUAACUUGUUCAAUUGGAGUUAUUUUCAACACAUUUUGUUGUGUCAUAUACAUUUGAUGAGAAUUCCUUCUUUUAUCGGUAAGUAUCGAUGGUACCUCAUCACUAUUAAGGAAUCGAAAAAACACACAGCACACGAAACAAUUAAAAAAUAGACUAGGUUUUAUACUCAGCUUUUUCACAAGUUAGUUGACUUUACACUUUGUGUGAACAAUGCCUUAGUGACUUUCUAAAUUGUGAUAACAAGUACGGCGUUACUGUUACAUUAUUUUUUUAUUUCAUGCAGGAACAUGGAAUACGGACUCACUCUCUGUAUGAUCUGUUAUGAUCGGUUGGGUAUUUGAGACUUGGGAAAUGUAAGCUUUUUAUGACUGUAAACUGAAACAUUUCUUAUUUAAGAGUAUCUUAAAGAUUGAGUGAAUUUUGGUGUUUUCUAUAUAAGUACAAUAAAUGUUGCAACAGUCACUAAAUAUUUAAGAAGCUCUUAAGUACUAAGAGACAUUUCAGUAGUCGAUCCUUUGUGACUAGCUAAUGGCUGGCGCACAUUUAGAUGGCCAGCUGUGUAAAGCAAAAAUAAAAUACCUGCUAUUUUGCGUUGGUGUAUAAGUUGUAUACUAAAUGAAAUCACGAUAAUGGCUGUUCAUAUUAUUUUGUUAUAAAUUAACUGAUGCCCGCGACUUCGUUCGCGCAAAUUAAGGUUAUUAAAAGUAACUGUUUGAAUUUUAGAGAUGAAAAGUAGCCCAUGUCACUUUCCAGGUCUAAUUAUAUCCAUGCAAAAAAUCGCGUUGAUCCGUUGCGGCGUGAUUGAAGAACAAACCAAGAAACAAACACGCUUUCGCAUUUGUAAUAUGGCUAGUGAUAGUGCAAUAGAAUUCGCGCGAUUUUAUUUGUCCGGCCUGGACAACAAAUGAGUGCUAAUAAGUUACCAACUGAGAAAUGUAAAUCCGGGCCUGGGAGCGUCAAUAAAAAGGAGAAGGUUCUCAAUUCGGAGCGCAUGUUUUUUGUUAAUUGUACAAACUGUUUAACAUUAUAACGAAGUGUUGUUGUUUGUUUGAUUUUUAAUAUUGUGUACAAAGAAAGUUUUUGGCUGCUCAAAUAUAAAUUGUACUAUAAAUCUACAUAUUUUAGAAAUUCGAUCUAGUAUGGAAACUAUCAAUAAUUUAAUAUGGGUAUCUGUAAUUACAACGUUGAUGGAUUUUAUCAGAUGUGGAAGAGUUUUUUAACAGUAAAAUCCUUGCUCCUUGUUGUAUAUUCGUACAUUUUGUAGUAUUGUUUUUUUAUAAAGUAUCUGUUAUCGUUGCUUAAAAGUGCUAGUCUACUGGAAGCGAAGCAAAGCAGAGAAGUGUUCAACAGACCCGUCACAUUAUUAAAGGAUUACGAGACAGAAUUAUCACGUGAUCUAUCAAUGGUAUGCUGGACACGUCUCCGGUUCACCCCGCUUUAGUAGACAGGCACCCUAAGCUAAAACUGGAGCUUUAAAUUAAGAUUACUUAGUUUCAAUUCGUUCUGACAUAGUAUUUUGAAAUAAAUAUGGAGAUGUGCAUACUCAUGCUAAAAGUACUUAUACAAGAUUGAUGUAGUAAUCAAAAUAUUUUUUAUUGUUAAGUAUCUAAAAAGGGGAUUUUUUUAAAUUUAAUGUGGUUCGACCACCCUAAAUGUGCACGAGUCCUUACGUCUGGCCCAUAGAAUAAGUUACAAGGCAAUUGUAUUUACCAUUUUAAAAUGAAAUAUAGAUUACUUAUUUUGUAAACAAUAUAUUUUGAGAUCUUUUUUAUGGCCAAAGAACCUGUUCGUUGGGUUUUAAAGCAAAUUGCCUUUUAAUUUUGUUCUAGCAAUAAAUUGUCGUUUAUAUGGUUAAGGAUGAAUAUUCUUAUGGAAUAACUAAGGUAGUUACUUUUUUGGUAACUGAUGUUUUAAGUACAGUUAUGAGUAUUUAAAACUGAUAUUUGGGUCUGGUCUUCACCUGUUUUUUUUAACCGAUUACAAUAUCAAGUAUGUGUACCUUACUUAGUUCUACUUAGUAAGUAACUAUCUACUAACUAACUUAGUGUAUCUAAGAACUAAGUAAGGUACUUAGUACUUAGAUACACUCAAGGUGCUGUGUGGGCGCUCAAUUUAGCCAAACUGUAUCAAACUGUACCUUGGUGAAUUUUUUUUUUUCAACACAUCUAGCAUUACAGGACUACAACAUUUUGCACUACAUAAGUUAUCAGUUGCAACCUUUUACUUUUUUCCUUUAGUCUUUUUGAUAUAACUUAUCGGGUUAGCUGUAAGAAUAUUCAAUAUUAGGUUAUUGAAGUAAGUUUAGUCUUCUUGGACAUUUAAUUAUACAAGUUGACAUUCCUGUAGUUCAGAAAUGUUUGAUAUAAUAUGUAGGUGAAUGACGAAACAUGCCCCAGUGGACAUUUUGUUUUUGGUGACAUUAAUUUUGUUUAACUGAGAAGAAAAUAAUAACUUUUUUGUUAGUUUUUAAUGUAAGUUUGGGUUUCUGGUCAUAUCAAGAUUCAGACAGUCAAUAAAUAUCGCUAUAUAGUAUCCUGAUAAAACUGGUAUCAAUAUUGGCAAUACGCACAGCGUUAAUAGCGUCGUAACGUUGCUCUCACUCAAAUCAACUUGAGCAUUUCCUUGUAAUGAGCGUUUUAGCUAAUGUUGUUACAUGACAGGUAAAAUAGUGUACAUAAUGUAUAUUGUGUAUUUGCAAUGAAUAAAUUAUGA